UCAAGUUCAUGAAUAACAUCCGCCUUCUUACGCCAAACUGUAGGAACGAGUAACUAAUAAAAUAACUAAGCAACGAAUUUUUAAUAGAUUCUAUUAUUGGUAAUUAGAAAUAUUAUAACAUACACAACAUAUUAUAACAUAUUACAACAUAUUAGGCAAAAAAAGCUGCUUAAAAAAGUUGAUUAAUAAAUUCUUAAAUUAUAGAUAAUGACUAAGCUGCAAUGCUUGUAAAUAAACUGAAGAAGACAUUUCUAUCCAGCUAAUUGUUCUGCUCACAAAGAAAUGCAUCCCGACGGGGUAUUUUUCCCAGAUGUACCCAUAUUUUCAAAAUAAUUACUUUUUAUCCCGAAAACAAACUCCAUAACUUGAUCCAACUAAAUUUUGUUUUCUUUCGUUACAGAAAACCACCUCUCCAAUGAUGACAUGAAAACAAAAAUGGCGCACAUGCUCUACCUGCUAUUCAUCGUGCUCAUAAAAAUCGGGACAUCCAUCGAAGAUGAAGCUAACAUGGUCGACACUGAUAUAUCCAACAGCAUCGCUAUCGAUGACUAUUUAGAAUACAAUAAAACAAAUGAGUACUACGAUUAUAACACAACAGAGAUCUUGAGAAAACCAAUCAGCGUGACGAAUGACAAUCACAAAAAAUGUGACGUCCUCAAUUCCACAUUAGCUGAGGACUCGGAUUUUAUCCCGACGAAAAUGUUAAGCUCUGUGUACCUAGAGAAUCAUUCGAAUUUGACGUCAAACCUGAUUGAGGCGAAGCUGUCGGCAGAUGGAAUGGAGAUCGAUGGAGUGAAUCUGUUUGAUGUCGUGAACAGUGACUGCGGUGGAGCCAAAGUGUGUCCCAAUGUGAGCGGGAACUGGACCAACGAUAACACUAUAACUGUUGGAUUUCUUGGUGCUUAUGGCAGGAGUCAGUUGGUGUUAGGCGCAAUGCCAUUGGCUGUGGCAGCUAUCAAUCGUGAACCGAGUCUACUGCCAGGAUUGCGUCUGCGCUUCGUGGCCGCUGACAUCGGUCGCUCCCGACCACAUCUGCCUAUGGACAAGGAUAGCCUCUCUUUACGGGUGAUGACACAAAUGCGUGACUUGGGCGUGGUGGCGUUCUUCGGUCCCGACGGCACCUGUCACACGGAGGCAAAACUUGCUGCAGCUUGGAACCUACCGCUUAUAUCACACAAAUGCGCCGGCGCCCACGGGUCUUUCGAGAAGGGAUCAGGGUUGGGAGCCACCUUCGCCCGGACUCUACCACCAGCGUACAAAGCCAGCAAGUCCGUGGUGGCGCUGCUGAAGGCCUUCGGAUGGUCCAAGUUCGCCAUCGUGGCCGGAGACGAGCUCACCGCGGCUGGACAGCAGAUGGAUGCUAUCAAGGAGCUCGCAGCAUCCAACGGCAUGGUGAUCACAGCGGAGCACCGCUUCGCGGACUACAUCCCGCGACACAUCUCCGACAUGGAGAGGAUCGUCGAUCAGACAUACGAUAAAACAAGAAUAUACGUGUUCUUGGGCGAGCACAUAGCGCUGGUGGACUUCGUGAAGGUGCUGCAGCGGCGCGGCCUGCUCACCACCGGCGAGUACGCCGUCGUCGCCGUGGACGAUGAGAUAUACGACCCCAGCACUGCCGCCAUCACACAUGCUGAACAUUUGGGGCAAAACAGUAGCAAUGACACCCUGACGUUCCGAGCAGUUUUGAAGCUGACGCCUUCAUUCCCUACCAACCCUCAUUACGGAAUGCUUUGCCAAAUGGUUCGGGAAAUGUCAGCAGCGCCGCCGUUCUGUGUCCCCAACUACCACAAGAUCUUCGAAGAGGCAUCGGUGCCAAUAGAAGCCGCUCAUCUUUACGACGCGGUGACGCUGUGGGCGCGGGCAGCGACCGCGGCGAUGCGCGCCGGCCUGCCGCCCACUGACGGUGCUACACUCAUGAAACUGUUGCGUCCUACGACUUACAGAUCUGUGCAGGGAUUUGAUGUCAACAUGGACAGCGCAGGUGACGCGGAGGGUAACUUCACCGUGAUCGGUCUCGUGGCGGACCCCAGCGCGCCGGGCGGCUGGAGCGCGCAGCCUGUCGCCACUUUCCAUUACGUCAACUCCUCAGAUUUGAUGCCGGAGCUGGUAGGAGCUGGCAACAUCGACUGGAUCGGUGGCAGUCCACCGGUGGCCGAACCAGAAUGCGGCUUUGACGGCAUCAAGUGCUCAUUACCGCACGACCCUGGGGUGCUCUCUGCUGCAGCAGCGGUGGCAGCCGCCGCUAUCCUCGCCGCGGCACUCCUGGUCCGCCAUUACAGAUACGAGCAGAAACUCGCGUCUGUGCUAUGGAGGAUCGAAGCUAAAGAUCUAACCUUCAUAUCUGCCUACAACGCCCAGAGCACAGACAAGGUAGUGUGUGAUACGUCCAUGCAACACGACAUGGAGACGCGUCGCGCGCACACCACGAUAGCCAUGUACAGAGGCAACAUAGUCGCGGUCAAGAGGCUGAGGAAGAAGAGCAUCGACGUCACCAGAGCGAUCAAGAAGGAACUUAAACAGAUACGCGAACUUCGUCACGAGAAUCUGACAGCGUUCGUCGGCGUCUGCGUGGAAAGUGGAUCCGCCUGCAUCAUAUCAGCUUACUGCUCCCGAGGGUCUCUAGCACGAGUGCUGGCUGACAGGGACCUGCACCUGGACGACAUGUUUGUGGCCAGCUUGGUUGCAGACCUGCUUAGAGGUCUGACGUACCUCCAUGAUUCCGCCCUCAUCUCUCAUGGAAACUUGACUUCGAGCAACUGUUUGGUGGACAGCCGUUGGGUGCUACAGAUAGCUGAUUAUGGACUUCAUAAUUUGAAAUACGGGUGCUCGGACGCCGAAGACGCGUUACGCAUGGAGCGCCGUAUGCUAUGGCGUGCACCAGAACUGCUCCGAGAGCCCAACCCCCCUCCCCGGGGCUCGCAGAAGGGAGAUGUGUACUCCUUCGGCAUCAUCCUUUACGAGAUACUUGGAAGGAAUGGACCUUGGGGCGAUAGCAAUCUUACUAAUGCUGAGAUCAUUGGUCGUGUGAGGCAACCGAUAGGUGGGGUGUUAUUCCGGCCUCCUUUAUCGGGGCUGGUGGCCAGGCCGGCUGUGCUGGCAGUACUGAAUGCCUGCUGGAGCGAGCGCUCUGAUCGCCGACCUGACCUUAGACUCGUCCGACUUCGCCUUAAGGAUAUGCAUGCAGGAAUGAAAACGAACAUAUUUGACAACAUGCUGGCCAUGAUGGAGAAGUACGCGUCAAACCUGGAGGCCAUCGUCGCGGCGAGGACUGAACAACUGCUGCAGGAGAAGAGGAGGACCGAUGACCUACUGAACAGGAUGCUACCGAGGACGGUAGCGGAGGCUUUAAAGCGAGGAGAAAGGGUACAAGCAGAGAGCUUCGAUUGCGUUACUAUAUACUUCAGUGAUAUCGUCGGAUUCACCAAGAUGGCUGCCACUAAUACUCCCAUGCAGGUGGUGGAAAUACUCAACGACCUCUACACUUGCUGCGACGCUAUAAUUUCGUAUUACAACGUUUAUAAGGUUGAGACGAUAGGCGAUGCUUACAUGGUGGUCGGUGGUCUGCCGGAGAGGUGCUCGCGCCACGCGGCUGAGGUGGCGUCGUUGGCUCUUCACGUUCUGGACUCCGUGCCUAAAAUAAGGUCACGGCAUAUGCCGGCCGCUAGACUGCAUAUCAGAAUAGGGAUACACAGUGGGCAAUGCGCAGCUGGCGUCGUGGGCGUCAAGAUGCCACGAUACUGCCUUUUCGGUGACACUGUCAACACCGCAGCAAGAAUGGAAUCCAGUGGCGAGCCACAGAGGAUCCAUGUCAGCCAUGAUACGUACUUGUUACUCAAACAACAUGGCGGCUACCACUUCAAAGAAAGAGGAAUUGUUAAUAUUAAGGGCAAAGGCGAAAUGAGGACGUGGUGGCUAGUUGGCGAAGACCAUGAGCGAAGAAAAAAUACGAUGAGCAGAUAUCAACCAAGUCUGCUUCGAAACUCUGAAGACAACGAAGACUCUCUGUGGGGAUUGAACCGAUCUAUCCUCAACAUUCGCGACAGGGCUCGCUUGUCCUGCGGUGGGCUAGCAGGCCCGGGAUCAGCCCUAUCCUCCCCCGGGCCUCCCGCCUGCGACUGCUUCAUCCCCAACCGAGACCACCACUCCGCCCCAGUCGUUCUCUUUUGCGAUGACUGACGUUAACAAAACUCUCUACAAAAUUUCUGGUUGAAAAACGAUUGUGAUGUACCCUAUAGUUCCAAAGACUCGGUUGUAGAUGUGGAAGAAGACUGUGGGUAUUUCGAAGAUAGUUUUAAUGAUUAUAUGUUGGUGUAUCAGAGUGGGAGGACUGAGGUGGUUGAUGACGUCAGCAGCCGAGCUAGGAAGCUGGCUGCUCUAAAAAGACUGUAUAGUGUCGAUUACGAUGGUACUUGGUUGUAAGUUUUACUGGAUGUUAGGAUAAGGUGUCUGUGUUUUGGGUAUAUUAUUAGAUUUGGAGCGUACAUGUAACUGCAUUUUGUAUAAAAUACCACUUUCUUUGGUUCUUUAAUUUAUUAUGACUACUUAGAACGUUACAUGCGGGACAAUAUUUAUUUAAUAUUGUAAGUCUUUGUUUUGUAAUUUUUCACUACAUUCUUCCUUCCUUUUAAGGACUAGAAAAAAUACAACUGCAGUUCCAAUUCUUUUCCUCAAUAAAUAUGAUAAAGGAAGAGAAAAAAAUGGACGUACUAAUUAUUACGACGAAUUAUUAAAGACAAAAAGAAAAUAACUAGUUAAAUAAAAAUAUUUAACUUCAAGUAGACACUAGAUAAAACACACUAAAUUCACGAUUAAUUACAUAAAAAAAUAGCUGUUUUAAAUAGAAAAUCAUCGAUAUUUAGGAAUAAUCUCCAUUGAGAGGCUUUUAAUCUACCGAAAAUAUAAUAAAAUGAUAUUUAUAAAACCUGAGUCGACAAUGAAAUAUUUAGUAUUAUUAUAAACAAAUCUAAUCUAGCUCUACAAGAGUAUAGAAUUACUGACCAGAGACUAAAAUUUAACUAGUUUCGAAAAUGAAAUGUAUCUAUAUAUAAUCUAUACCAAUCAGUAUCAUAGGAAAGAGUGUAAUAUUGAAUGGAAAACGGCUUUAAUAAGUAAGUGAAAUUAAAAAUACAAUUUUGUAUGUGUGUAUAAUAUUGGGUGAUAGAAAAGUUAUUAAAAUAAUCUGCUACCGAAUUUGAAUUAAAUUGUAGUAUUACAGUAUACAAACAUUAUACACGUGAUUAAAAGUUUCUCUAAGAAGCUGUUGAAAUUGAACGCAGGUAUUUUUGUAACGAAAAGUUAAACGUUGGCAUUGAAAUUUGUCAGGGGUUUUUAUAGGUCAGUGAAUUAUUUUGAGUCCACCACAGCAUCAAGUAAAACUUUCCGUUUUGGAAAAAGGACAAAGCUUUCCAUGUCGCUUCCGUUUAAGCCACGAAUGAUAUCUACUAAUAGGAUUCCCAAGAAACGAAAGUAUAAUAAAUAUAAUUAGCACCUAAUUACUUCAAAAGUAAGUCAAAGAUAUAGUUCAUUUAUUUGAAAUGUCAAUCGGUAAUUGAUUAUUCAUUACAACUUACGUAUAACGUGGAUCGAAAUUGAAAAAAGUUUACUGGGCCGUGCCAAACUAAAUAUUUUUUGUAUUUGUAUUAAAAUUAAUCGUGGAAUGGAAAUCUGAUCAUCAGAUAUAUUUUCAUCUAUUAAUGUCUAUUUAUUUAAAACAGAUAUUAUGUACCUACCUAAUCGCAAAUAUACGAAAGAACAAUUUAAAAGGUACCACAGACAAUAAAUGCGCAUUACAAGAUCACAAUUUCUAAUUUCGUAAAACGUGCAUAAAAACGUGUCUCUGAAUAACUUUGUCCCUUUUAAUAAGUAUAUACUAGCUAAGAGAAUAAUCCAAUCGCUCAAUGUAUUGAAAAUACAGUGUUAUACUUUAUUAGAAAAAGAGUUGGGACUUAAAUGUAAGCUUUAUCUACAAUAUUAAUUUUCAGCUACUUUUAGCAUUAUGAGAAUUUUGACUGCAGCUUUUGAAGGACUCAAUCAGGUCCUUAUAGCUAUUGACGUAGUAGAAUUUUUGAUAAAUUAUAUCUAAAUUAAUGAAUGGAAAUGUAAAUAGGUACGCGGAAAUGUAACUUGAUUUUUGUGGCAGAUAAAUUCUUAGAAUAUGAUGUAAAGUAGUUAUCUAAGUAUUUACCGAUAUUGAAAGAAACAAUAAUUUUGUGACUUAAUAUAAAAUGAAAGACGGAAGAAAGGAUAAACCAUAGCAACUUUAUAACACUCUAAAAUGAGUAAAUGUUUGAAGUAUACGCAAUUAAAAGAUGCACUAUGGUAUGUUUAGUUGUCAUAAAAUUGUUUUGCGCCAUUACUAUGAGCUCUUGAAGCAGGACUGUUGACGUCGUGAAAGUGAAACAGCAUAAUACGCUGCGCAUAACCGUAUCCCACUUUAACGAUAGGAAGAGCUUAAAUAGUAGCCGCAAAAGCCUACAGAAAGAUGAUUAUGUUUUUUUUAUAAAAUGUCAGUAGAUAAAGAUGAACAAACAAAUGUGAUAGAAAAUUUCAGGAAGGUAAUGUAGUAAACGAAAUGAAUGACUGAAUGGUAUAAUGAUGUAAAAAAAUGUAUUGUAUAUUAUCAAUUUUAGUAUUAUAUUGUUUUGAUAUAAAAAUAUUGGAACAAUUUUUGUAACGGACCUAAUAAAUGUACCUAAGACCAUGUCGCGUAAGAUGUAGUUGUAUUUUUAAGUCUAAAAUAUUUGUGUCAAUGAAUGUACCUACUUAUAUAAUGUAUUUGACUAUAGUAUACCAAUGGCUGUACCUUUAAGAUGUCUGAAUACAUACCUACAGUUACUUGUAAAAUGAUUAAGUAAUGAUGUAUUGUUAAGCGGAACUAAACAUGCUUAAAAUGUCUACAGUAUUGAAAGUAGAGCAGUUCUGUGUAUUUGAAUGCAAAUAAAUGUCUUUUUCUAAUAACUGUGCCAAGCUGAACAUUCAGCCCUUGAAAAUAUUGUAUGUUCGUAAACUUAAACGUAAAAACGUGUUCCUAAUUUUUGUGAAUCCAACCUAUUUGCAGCUUAAAUAUUUUGAGAUUUAUCGAAAUCGAUAGGUGCUUAUGAUAGGGGAAAAUCAGUUUAAAAGAGUUUUGGUACAGGCGCUAAAAAAAUAAACUUACCUGAAAACAUAUUUUAAAACUAGGUAGGGACGCUAAAAGAAGUUACAUACCUAAAAUAGAAUAGGUAAGUAAUUGUUACAUUUAUUAUAAUAAUAUGUUAUUAUAUUUAUGUGCACUCUUCGAAACUUCAAACGUAACGUUUGUGUACGCGUAACGCUUUACCGCCACUUUUAAAACUGACUUCCAACCGUUGAACACGGAUGCACGAAAGGCAAGUUACAAAUUUUCAUUCAACUUGCAUAAAGGUAUUGUCGAUCAUCACGUCUCGAAAGAAGAAGAAAAAUAACAUUUUGUAGGCCGAUAUAUCUACUACAUCUACUACAACAUCAUCAUUCCAUUCCUGGUCUAGAAAAAUAAUAUCUUCGCUGUCCAUGGCUCAAUCAUCCCCUAUCAUAAAAUGGCGUGAUAUAUUGAAUGUCUACUAAAUUAAGAGUCAUUAAAUAAUAAUGGAUGUAAAUAUUUCAUAGUUACCUAAUCCAAUUACGGCUGGAACCAACACUGCCCAUCAAAAAAACAAUUUACAAUUACCUUCCUUGUAUUCUAAAUUAUUGAACCAAUAGGUAGAAAGUUAUUAUAUUACCUAUUGGGUAGUAAAGUACCUACCUUAAUUCUUCUAUUUCUUCUACUCUACAUUUAGAAAAAGAGCAAAAGUCUGUAAACAAAAAUAGUUGGUAACUAAAUUUCAGCAUGUGUUACGAAUAUCUGUAAGUUAAACAUGCUAGUUCUAAUAAGUAGCUACACAAUUAAUUAAAUCAUAAAUGUCUAAUAAUCCAUAGUCAAAAUAAUAAUUAUGUAGGCUCCUAGUCUUAACUAAGUGUGAAUUAAAUAAACUAACAAAACUAAAAAAAAAACAAAUGCAAGUAAAAUAUUCCUCUAUGUUCUAAAACCUACAUUUAAACGUACAUAGUAUAUUAAAAUAAAUGUGUCAUUUAUUAAUCAAUGUGAUAGAAUGAAUGCUAUUUUCCCGCGCAAAGUAACCUAUCCACCUUUCGCAAUUUCUUUGCCUGACCUAUCGAUUUCGAUAAAAAAAAUAUUAUUUACAACUUUACCUAAGCUUUAACAAAAUUUCUAUCGAAAAAUUUAUUUUAUUUGAUCUAUUCAAUUUACCUAGGUACUUACGUCCAGAAGUAAUUUGUAAGCAGCUGUCCUAGAGUCAUGCAUGAAUAUGAUCGAAAGUAUUAAAUUUUACCAAAGAAUGUUUGAUUGUUCGUGCUAUUAAAAUCUACAUGGACUUUAUUAUUAUAAAUGUACUUAAUGAAAUAUUGCUGUUGACUGUUUAUAUUAAGACGUUUUUUUAAUAAAAAAUCAUAAACGUACCUGCAUUUUUAUAAAUUCCUUUUUAUCGUACUUUCAGCGAAUAUACUCUUUUAAGUCAUCAAUAAUUAUAUUUUCUAAAAUUAGUAGUAUCUAGGAA